GCCCGGUGGUGGCGCGUUUGAGGUGGCUCCGACUCCCAUAUAAAAAGUUUCAGUGUGCAUAAUAGCGCCAAAGUCGACUGCGAGGAAAAAGCUCAUGCGAAGAUUACAUCAUUUUUUUUUUCAGAUAAGAGCGAGAGCCGUUCGCAGGUCGGCAGGAAAUUACAAGGCGCCUAAUUAAAUAAACCAAAGCGGCAGAGAUCGGCAGCAGGAGAAAUGAGCGCAUAGCGAGCGAGAGGCGCACAUGAUUUAAAUGCACGGCGCUCCGCACCUCUCCCCAAAGUGCGCUCUCCCUGCUUUCCCUGCGGAUGCUUUGUCACUCCGGAGCGUGUUUUCUGCUCUUAAAUGCCGUUGCUUUUCCUUAUUUAUUCCAGUGUUCCUUUGAAAGCAUGGCAUGAAGCGCCGGGCGCUGCGCUGGAGUGCCUCUCACUGCUCUAAAAGGUGCUGAUUUUAACUUAUCCGCUCAACAUUUUUUUCUUUCUGUUUCUUUUCUUUUCUUUUUUUGGUGGAGUAGGGCCACCCUAACUUGGGGGUUAUAAGUCAACUUGUUCAUUGAGUCAGAUAAAGACGGAGGGCAACGCCACUGUAUGCUUUCCAUGAAAAUGACCAAAGACAGAAAGCUACGGGGGAUUCAUGAAUGAAGGGCUGUGUGCGGACCGAUCAUACUGCUCCUCUGCAUCGAUCGGAUGUCUCCAGCGAUCGGCUGCAUUUCUUCACUCUAAAUUUUAUGCUUGCCCUCGAGGUUCAUUUUAGGAAAUAACGGGAAGACGAACUUCUUACGCUUAGUAUACGUGUUGGCGAGUUAUAGUAACGUACACUUUAUUUCCAGCGCACAGGGGAAUAUCACUUGGAAAAGGCGAGAAAAUGGGGAGAUACAUGCUCCGAGUGGUUUGCAUCGUGGCUUGCGUACUUUCCGCUUGCUGCACACCGGCGCCGGGGACCGAUACCAAAGCGACAUCCCGGGAUACGUGCGCGUCCUGCGGCGUCGCUCAGCCAGAGGAGCCGGGCCGGCUGGACGGAGACUUUCUGGAAGCCGUGAAGAGACAUAUUCUGAACAGGUUACAGAUGCGGGAGAGACCCAACAUCACGCAGCCCAUCCCGAAGGCGGCGAUGGUGACCGCACUGAAGAAGCUGCACGCCGGCAAAGUGCGAGACGACGGCAGGGUGGAGAUCCCCACCCUAGACGGACACGCCGCGUUUACUAACGAGGUCCCGGAGGAGACGUCAGAGAUCAUCAGUUUCGCGGAGUCAGAUGUCACGCAGUCCCCUCAGGCAGGCCUCUACUUCCUGAUCUCCAACGAGGGCAACCAGAACCUGUACAUCACGCAAGCGAACCUCUGGCUGUAUUUCAAGGUGCUUCCCUCCAGCCCGGAGAAGGGCCUGCGCAGGAAGGUGGCGGUGAAGGUGCACCGGCGUGAGCCGGGCGCUCCCGGCACGCGGACCCUGGUGGAGAAGCGCGUGGAGCUGAAGCGCAGCGGCUGGCAUACCUUCCCGCUGACGGAUUCCGUCCGCGAGGCCUUCAGUACAGGCGACCGGCGGCAGGACCUGGAGGUGCAGUGUGAGGCCUGCCAAGCCAGCGGCGUGCUGCCGGUGUUGGUGAACCCCAGCGACGAGUCGCACCGGCCCUUCCUGGUGGUGCAGGCGCGGCAGGCAGACGGCAAGCACCGGAUCCGCAAGCGGGGGCUGGAGUGCGAUGGUAGCAGCAGCUUGUGCUGUCGCCAGCAGUUCUACAUCGACUUCCGGCUCAUCGGCUGGAACGAUUGGAUCAUCGCCCCUUCUGGCUACUUCGGGAACUACUGUGAGGGAAACUGCCCCGCCUACAUGGCGGGGGUGCCUGGCUCGGCAUCCUCCUUCCACACGGCCGUGGUGAACCAGUACCGCAUGCGGGGCAUGAGCCCCGGCUCCAUGAACUCGUGCUGCAUCCCCACCAAGCUGAGCACUAUGUCCAUGCUGUACUUCGACGACGAGUAUAACAUCGUCAAGCGGGACGUGCCCAACAUGAUUGUGGAGGAGUGUGGCUGUGCCUGAGUGGGGGGGGGGGGCGCAUCACAGAUACAUCUUCUUUAUAAAUAUCACCCUCUUACUUCUGUGACGUUAAUCCCUGCACACACACACAGACACACACACACACCCUCAUGAAGCACCCCUGCAGAAUCAUACGUGUUGUACAUAUAUUUAUGUCUGUUAAUAUCACGUUGUAGAAACUUAUCGAUUUCGCCGGCGAGCAGAUCGAACCCGGUGACGCCGAGGUGGGCAAACAGACGAACCGUAGGUCUCGGUGUCGAAGGGAAGAUAGGGGAGCCGUGAGAAGAUUAUAUUUUUGUAGUUGACCGUUUUUGUAUGAAAGAAGGAGAGAUCUCCUCCAGCGUGACGAGGAUCCUCCGGGGGCCGAUGAAGGAGGGCCAGCAGGCUGCCAGCGACGUGCCGGCCUCACCCGCACGAGGACCUCGCAGAAGCACUGACCACGCAACGUUCCAAUCAUCAGCACUUCCGACAGGGAACACCACCUCUCUUCCCCGCUACAGCUCGCGCUCCAUGAGCAUGGGACUCUGUUCAACCACCCUCUGUCCCCCGCCUGAAGCGCAUGACCACUCAGCGUUACCGGGAACCAGGAGGGGGGCGGGGUGUUGCUGGCGGCAUCCUCGCAUUUCUGCCCGUGGAGCUAAAAACACCCUGGUGGGGGAGAGACCCCACAUGGCACUGGUGCCCCCCACCCCCCCCAGGUUUAUAGCGAUGUACUUAAACGGCUGCCAUAGCAUGGGGCCACCAGCGGUGCAGCCACCAGCGGUGCAGCCGCCACUGCGAUGCUCCUACAUGCACACAUCAUAGCACUUGCCGAUUUAAAUGCCUUGGGGACCCCUGCUCAGUGUCCUAAACGAAACAAGUGCCGUUGAGCUAUGCAAUGUAUAGUAUUGACCCACAAGCAGACGAGCGGAACUAUCCUACUAGUUUUUAACUCUCAUCAAUACUUGAAAUGUAAUCAUUCGUUUCCUCUACAAAAGCGGAUGAUUGUCACGACGUUUGCACUGAAAAGUCACGUGAUUAGAUAAAAAAGAAAAAAAAAACUGCCAUUGAAAAAAAAAAUAAUAAUAAACUUAUUUUUAUAGAAGCAAAUUGAAUUCUGUUAAAAUGUAUUAUACCUAAUGAUGGAACCAAAGAGGCCAAAUUUUGAGCUGUUAUAAAUGAUGGUGUCACCAUCUGUUAUUUUGUGAAGUAGUCUGUGACCAUUUUAAAAGGCCUAAGUGCUGUAUCAGGGUACAAAAUCAUGGAUUCCACUUUCAUCUAAGCGUCUUUUCUAUUUUGUACAGUAGACAAAUGGAAUAUUUCAUAAUUUUUUUCAUCAAAUUUAAUUCAUUUCAGUUUUCUAUUUAAUAAAAAGUACUUUUUAGUCCAAGAAUCAGUUAGAAUCAAAUGCCA